GUUAGUUACUACAUCGACUCUUAACUGUCGAAUAAGGUAACCUGAAUUCUAUCCGGAAAAAGACGGUUUCAGUUCUCUGAACUAUUUUAUUUAAAUACUCCACUCUCUACUAGACAACAUGCGUGAGUGUAUCUCUAUCCAUGUAGGCCAGGCUGGCGUGCAGAUCGGCAAUGCCUGCUGGGAGCUGUACUGUCUGGAGCAUGGCAUCCAGCCUGACGGGCAGAUGCCCAGUGACAAGACCAUUGGAGGAGGAGACGACUCCUUCAACACCUUCUUCAGUGAGACCGGAGCCGGCAAGCACGUCCCCAGGGCUGUGUUUGUAGAUCUGGAGCCCACAGUCAUUGAUGAGGUGCGCACUGGCACUUACCGCCAGCUGUUCCACCCUGAGCAGCUGAUCACUGGAAAGGAGGAUGCUGCCAACAACUAUGCCCGUGGGCAUUACACUAUUGGCAAGGAAAUCAUUGACCUGGUUCUGGACAGGGUCCGCAAGCUGGCUGACCAGUGCACUGGACUUCAAGGUUUCCUGGUCUUCCACAGCUUCGGAGGUGGCACCGGCUCUGGUUUCACCUCCCUGCUGAUGGAGCGCCUCUCUGUCGACUAUGGCAAGAAGUCCAAGCUUGAGUUCUCCAUCUACCCAGCUCCCCAGGUGUCCACUGCAGUGGUGGAGCCUUACAACUCUAUCCUGACCACCCACACCACCCUGGAGCACUCUGACUGUGCCUUCAUGGUGGAUAAUGAGGCCAUCUAUGACAUCUGCCGUAGGAACCUCGACAUUGAGCGUCCUAGUUACACCAACCUUAACAGGUUGAUUAGCCAAAUUGUGUCCUCUAUUACCGCCUCUCUCCGUUUUGAUGGUGCUCUGAAUGUUGAUCUGACUGAGUUCCAGACCAAUUUGGUGCCCUACCCUCGUAUCCACUUCCCCCUGGCUACAUAUGCCCCAGUAAUUUCUGCUGAGAAGGCCUACCAUGAGCAGCUCUCAGUGUCUGAGAUCACUAAUGCUUGCUUUGAGCCUGCCAAUCAGAUGGUCAAAUGCGACCCCCGUCACGGCAAGUACAUGGCCUGCUGCCUGCUGUACCGUGGUGAUGUUGUACCAAAAGAUGUCAAUGCGGCCAUUGCCACCAUCAAGACCAAGCGCUCCAUCCAGUUUGUGGACUGGUGCCCCACUGGUUUUAAGGUGGGCAUUAACUACCAGCCCCCUACUGUGGUACCUGGUGGUGACCUGGCCAAGGUGCAGAGGGCUGUUUGCAUGCUGAGCAACACCACUGCUAUUGCAGAGGCUUGGGCCAGGCUUGACCACAAGUUUGACCUGAUGUAUGCCAAGCGUGCCUUUGUGCACUGGUACGUAGGUGAGGGUAUGGAGGAAGGUGAGUUCUCAGAGGCCAGAGAGGACAUGGCCGCCCUGGAGAAGGAUUAUGAGGAGGUCGGUGUCGACUCCAUUGAGGGCGAGGGAGAGGAAGAGGGAGAGGAGUAUUAAAAUGAAUUAAGUCAAUCAUUAGAAAACAUAUCACUUGUCAGAAAUUACAUGAGAGUACUUCCUCUUUUCCUAAUCUAAGGAAAACAGUCACACGUAAUAGGGAUAUGUGCUGUGAUUGUGUUCAGGGAAUGAGAUGGCGUUUUUUUUUUUUUUUUUAAACCUUUACAUGUUUUACACUUCUGUCUGUCCCCUUCUGACUGGGAUAUGCAAUAAAUUAUUGACCUAAAA